CUCUCUGCCGGUGCCUCUCUUUCUCCGUUCAACAUUUGCUCUUCUUUUCUCUCUCAGCCUGUGACACUUGCGCUUGCUUUCGCUUGUUUGCCCGAAAUCAGCACGAGAAAGGAGUCAUCUUUCGGAUUUUCUAUCUCUGCCGGCAUUACCCGGAGAAAAAAAACCGCACUCUCUUGCACUUUCUCAUCAACUGAGGGAGUUUCUCUAAGAAUCAUGAGAUGGGAAAGGGUGCAGCUUCAACAAGACCAUGGAGAUGCAUCAAGGCCCGGAAAACGGUGGGGACACACCUGCAACGCCGUGAAAGGAGGGAGGUUUUUGUACGUGUUCGGUGGUUACGGCAAAGACAACUGCCAGACCAACCAAGUUCACGUCUUUGAUACUGUUGAGCAAACAUGGAGUCAGCCAGUGAUAAAAGGCACACCGCCAACUCCGAGGGACAGCCAUAGUUGUACGACUGUUGGUGACAAUCUAUAUGUUUUCGGUGGUACAGAUGGGAAGAACCCUCUUAAGGAUUUGCAUAUAUUGAACACAUCAACACAUACAUGGAUUUGUCCAAGCGUACGAAGUGAGGGACCAGAGGCACGGGAGGGUCACAGUGCAGCACUUGUUGGAAAAAGGCUCUUCAUAUUCGGUGGCUGUGGAAAGUCUGCAGACACGAAUGUUGAAGUAUAUUUCAAUGAUGUCCAUAUACUGAAUACAGAGACCUUUGUAUGGAAAUGUGCUAUGACAUCAGGUACUCCUCCUUCUGCACGUGAUAGUCACACUUGCUCUUCGUGGAAGAACAAAAUCGUGGUGAUUGGUGGUGAAGAUGGACAUGAUUACUACUUGUCUGAUGUCCAUAUCUUAGAUACAGAUACUCUUAUGUGGAAGGAGCUGAGUACUUCUGGCCAUAUGCUGCCACCUCGAGCUGGUCACUCUACUGUUUGUUUUGGCAAAAACUUAUUCAUUUUUGGGGGAUUUACGGAUGCUCAAAAUCUCUAUGAUGACUUGUAUAUGCUGGAUAUUGAUUCGGGUUUGUGGACCAAGGUCUUAACCACAGGUGAUGGACCUUCAGCAAGAUUUUCUGUGGCUGGGGACUGUUUGGAUCCACUGAAGGGUGGCGUCCUUGUGUUUAUAGGUGGUUGCAACGAGAUUCUCGAGGCAUUGGAUGACAUGCAUUACUUGCACACAGGGCUUACGUGUGCAAGAGAUGAGCGGAGGCCAGAAAAGUUAUCAUUGAGGAAACAAUUGAAACUAAAGUGCCAAGAACAAAAUCUUACACCUAUGCCUGAUAAAGCGCUGACUAGAAUUGAGAAUAAUCCUGAUGUUCGCCAUCCCAUGAUCUUCAUGGGCUACGGCCAACCAGGCAGGGAAAAUCUUCCAUUGAAUCAAGUGCAUCCUCUUCAAGGAAAGAAAACAUUUCAAGCCAAAGUUACUGAAAGCUUGCCCCAUGGAUAUACAGUUGAAACAUAUAUAGAUGGAAAGCCUCUUCGUGGAAUAUUAUUUGCGAACAGUCCAAGCUCUCCCGACUUGGCUAAUUAUAAUUCCUCUCGGAAAAGAGCUGGAGAAUUUGGUGGUGUUGUGUUAAAUGGUGAUCACAGCUGCAAAUCAAAAGCUUCUAGAACCCUUCAGCUGGAUUCAUUAAAACACAAACAAAUAGAUAGCCAGCUCGGGAAGGAUUCCUCAUUACAGGAACCCAAGGCAGAUGCUUCUGCCGCUGCUCAAGAUUUGAAGAACUUGGCUCCUUCUAAUAAUGGUUCUCGGCUCCACCAGGUCCCAACACGCCCAGAAUCAUCUGUUGCUCCUUCCUUGAAUCUAAAUGAAGUUAGGGAAAAUGCAACAGUUUCCACCACUAAAGUUCUGAAAGAGCAUUCCAACACAUUGCCGGAUCCCAUUACUUCAUCCUUCAGUCACGAUGACACUCCAGCAACCUUGGGAGAUCAGAACACUCCAGCAAAAUCAGUUUGAUUGCUGAACGACUGACCUCUUGGAAUGAUUUCUGAACAUAGCUGAAUAGAUAGCCCCCCUUGCCACGUGUAUAUUUGUCUCUUGGAAGGCAGUCAUAGAUGCUUUUGACCGGUGACAUACAGGAUCUGCUCACUUACUCGGAUGAUGCCACCUACUAAUAUAAUCUCCAUUUUUCCUCCAAACUCACGACGUUUCCUUCUUCCGAAUUCAAGUAUUUGCUAGAAUUGGUUAACCAUAGAUAUAGCCAUUAGCCGGUGGUUUUGUUCGAAAACAAUGAUGUCUUCCUGGUUAGUGCUUCCGAUAGGACUGGUUAAAGCACGAGGAAAGAUUAUGUACAGGAAGUUGGUGAAAUGUUCUGGGUAUUUUUCCUCCUUUGGGAACAAAAUACCAAGAUGUAGCUGCUCUUAGUUUACAUAUUGCUUGCAGUUACUGCUCACAGAGAACAAUUUGUAUAAUGUUGAAGGCUCCAAGUUUACGAGCGAUACUUAUGAAGUUUUCCCAUUUGGCUUUGAUAAUUC